AUGGCUCGCCAGACCCCUCCGUCGCUCACCAUGCUGGUUUCCGCCAUGAUCUUCGUCUCGUCGGCUGCUGCUGCCGCUUACUCUGGCCCUCCCACAACCGCCGCCGCCGCUAGCAACAAAUACGCCUUCGUCCCGGCGACAAACAGCCUUUUGUUCGGCAAUGCAUACUCGGUGACGUGGGGUUCCAAGGGGAUCACCUCCGCUGUCGACUCCCGUGGCGCGCCUCUCAAAUUCACCACCAACGCUGACGGAUCCGUCACUGUUGAUAAAGUGUACACCGCCUACCCCAACGGCACGCUCACCGGUCCCGGCAUUGUUGUUGUCACCAAUGGGCCCACUGUGGGGUUCACUAUGGGAAAGACCACAUUUCUGAAGAAUGGAACGAUUCUGGACGCCUCGGGAAUGAAAGUUGUGCCGGCUGCUAACGCGGACGGGUCAUACACUGCAGGGGAUCUGACUGGGUGGAGCAACGGCACCAUUGUUGGCCCCACUGGCGCAUCGAUCUAUCUCGGCGCACCGCUCGCGCUCAACCCUGAUCGCACCGUUGCUUUCGUUGCUCCCAGCAGCAACUACUCCUACAACCCGACCGCCAACAGCCUGACGUUCGGCAAAAAUUACACGGUGACGUGGAGCGAGACAGGAAAACUAACCUCCGUUGUCGACUCCACGGGCGCGACUCUCAAAGGCACCAACAAACCCGAUGGCUACACUAUUGAUGGCGCGUACACCGCCUAUGGCAACGGCACGCUCACUGGUCCGGGCAUCGUGGUCGUCAUUAGCGGACCCACUGCCGGGUUCACCAUGGGAAAGACGACGUUCCGGAAGAGCGGCAAGAUUGUGGACGCCUCGGGAACUCCAGUUGUGCCGACUGCCAAUGCGGACGGGUCGUACACUGCAGGGGACCUGACUGGGUGGAGCAACGGCACCAUUGUUGGCCCCACUGGUGCAUCGAUCUAUCUCGGCGCACCGCUCACCCUCAACCCUGAUGGCUCCGUUACUUUCGCCAGCAACGGUGGCGGCAGUGGCAGUGCUCCUUCUGCUGCUCCUUCUCUUUCUGCUGCUCCUUCUUCUGCUGCUCCUUCUCCUUCUGCUGCUCCUUCUUCUGCUGCUCCUUCUCCUUCUGCUGCUCCUUCUCCACCUGCUGCUCCUUCUCCUUCUGCUGCUCCUUCUCCUCCUGCUUCUCCUUCUCCUUCUGCUGCUCCGGCUACUCCUCCCCCACCCAAGGCUGCAGGUUUGCUUGCUACACCAGCCACUGCUCUCACCGCUGUCAUCACUCUGAUGCUUGGUUCAAUUCUAUUCGUGUAA